CGGAGGGUGGGGGCUGAUCUUGACGGGUCAGUAUUAUCUUAGCAAUGAGCAGUAGCAGGCGGUCUUGGUGCUGCUUUGUUCAUUGUCGCUGCCACAAUUGUCGGCAUCACGACACACACACACAUUCAGCUAAUAUGAUUCCUAUAUGAGCGCGACAGGCAACGUCCAGGUCGACUACCGAUACCUCAACGGCGCAGGCGACGUGACCAUGAAGCCCACCGUGAGCACACACAAGCAGCUCGCGCGCUGGCGCGCCUGGGCCAGCGCCUGCACCACACCCCGCCAGACCCCAGCGAUCGUGCAACUCAACCACCCAGGCCGCCAGUCCCCCAUGGGCGCAGGCAGCCGCAGCCUCUGCGCGCAGAACCUAGCCCCCAGCGCCGUACCGCUGGACUUUGGUCCCGGCCUGAUAGCCCAGACGAUCAGCCGACUGGUCUUCGGGGUGCCCCGCGCCAUGACCCAAGCCGACAUCCAGACGGCGGUGCAGCAGUUCGUGGACGCGGCGCGGUUGGCGGCGGAGGCGGGUUUCCAGGGGGUGGAAAUCCACGCGGCGCACGGCUACCUCCUGGCGCAGUUUCUAUCGGCGCACACGAAUCACCGCACCGACGCUUAUGGCGGGUCCGCUGCGCGGCGGGCCCAGUUGGUCGUCGAGAUCAUCCGCGCCGUUCGCGCGGCGACUCCGCCCCGGUUCUGCGUCGGGAUCAAACUCAACUCGGUGGAUCAUCAGUCCGCUGAGGCGCUGGAGGAGUGCAUUGAGCAGAUGAGAUUGAUUGUUGCGGCUGGGGUGGACUUCGUGGAGAUUAGUGGAGGGUCGUAUGAGAAGCCUACUAUGAUGACGAGUGAAGUUAUCCAAGGACACCGACCCUCGGCUCGGACUCAAGCGCGGGAGGCGUUCUUCUUGGACUUUGCUAGCGCGAUUCGGAGCUCAUUCCCAGAAGUGCCUCUGAUGGUGACGGGGGGCUUCCGUACCCGCCAGGGGAUGAUCGACCCCCUGCAGAACGGGGACUGUGACAUGAUCGGACUCGGUCGACCCGCGGUGUUGCAUCCGAGUCUUCCCGUAGAGGUUAUUCUUAACGAGCGGGUGUCUGCCGACGAGGCGCGCUUGGUGACGGAACGGGCGCCGAUCUCCUGGGCGAACAGGUGGACUAAGUUGCCAGUAAUUGGAGCCGGAGAUGAGAGCGUGAGUACAUGUGCUUCCUUCGUCCUGGAUGCAAAAUCUGUGAACCUAGCUAACGCUGGUUGAUGUAGCGGCAUUACAGUAAUCGGAUCGCGGAGUUGGGGGCUUAGGCUAAAGGCUGG